AAAACAAUGUCCUCCAGGGAAAGAUCCUCAAAAGACAUUUGAUCUCACAAGCGUUCACAUUCUUUCGAGGGACCUAACCCGGAAACGGGUAACAACAGCCUGAUUCUGAGCCUAUGUUCCUUGGAAUCACCAGGAGAUGAACACCUCUCUUAAUUACAAGUCCUUUUCUAAAGAGCAACAAACUAUGGAUAACUUAGAGAAACAGCUUAUCUGUCCCAUAUGUUUAGAGAUGUUUACCAAGCCGGUGGUUAUCCUUCCCUGUCAGCACAACCUCUGCAGAAAAUGUGCCAGUGAUAUCUUCCAGGCCUCGAACCCUUAUCUGCCAACCAGAGGAGGCACCACUGUGGCUUCAGGAGGUCGAUUCCGCUGUCCCUCUUGUAGACAUGAAGUAGUUCUGGACAGGCAUGGAGUAUAUGGUCUUCAAAGAAACCUGUUGGUUGAAAAUAUAAUUGAUAUAUACAAGCAGGAAUCUACCAGGCCUGAAAGAAAAACUGAGCAGCCAAUGUGUGAAGAACAUGAAGAUGAGAAAAUUAAUAUUUACUGCCUGACUUGUGAAGUGCCCACAUGCUCAAUGUGCAAAGUUUUUGGUGCUCAUAAAGAUUGUGAGGUUGCUCCACUCACAAAUGUUUACCAAAGACAGAAGUCUGAACUCAGUGAUGGCAUUGCAGUUCUUGUGGGGAGUAAUGACAGAGUGCAAGGAAUAGUAACGCAGUUGGAAGAAACCUGCCGAACAGUUGAGGAGUGCUGUAAAGGACAGAAGGAACAACUAUGUGAAAGAUUUGAUUAUUUGUACUCAAUACUGGAAGAAAGAAAAAGUGAGAUGACACAAAUGAUCACUAGGAGCCAAGAGGAGAAAUUGGAACAUGUCCGGUCUCUGAUAAAAAAGUAUGCAGACCAUUUGGAGACAGUGUCAAAACUGGUGGAAUCUGGCAUCCAGUUUAUGGAAGAGCCAGAAAUGGCAGUAUUUUUACAGAAUGUGAAAGUGUUGCUACAAAAAAUUACGGAAGCUUCUAAGGCAUUUCAGAUGGACAAAAUAGAGAACGGCUAUGAAAAUAUGAGCCACUUCACAGUCAAUCUCAAUAGAGAAGAAAAGAUAAUAAGAGAAAUUGACUUUUGCAGAGAGGAGGAGGAAGAAGAGGAGGAGGAGGAAGAGGAGGGGGAUGUGGCUGAAGGGGAAGGACUGGAUGAAGUCCACACAGAAUCAUCUGAUGAGGAAGAAGUCCCUGAGCAAGCAUCUCAGCAACAUCAGCAGGACACUGUGUCAAAAGACAUCCUAGCUGAUUCUCAAACAAACUUCACACCCGCAUUACCACCUCUGGGACCAGAUAAUGCUGCCAGCACAACUACUCAGGGUGAAGUUGUGCUGACCGCUAAUCAGAAAUCUGCAGGACCAGUAGAAACUAAACCACAGUCUAAUGGAGAGCCAAUUGAUCCCUUGUUUUACCCCAGCUGGUAUAAAGCUCAGCAGACCCGCCAAACAAGCAAUUCAGAUAUAGCCCCGGUGACUGAAACUAGGCAGGUAGGGUCUUCCAUUUCUGUAGAAGUGAAAGCAAAGAAGGCAGAAGCUCCCUCAGCAACUACUACAAAUGGGAGUUCUGCUGCAAGUGGUAAGGAAGCUAACUCAACUACGGAUACUUCACAGGGGUUAGCAUUCUGCAUAUCAUUUUUGGCUUUUCUUAUCAUACUGCAUCACCUCUGGAAUCAGAUUCAGUACAUGAUUUAUACUUUAAGGGGUAGGAACUGUUUUGUUUUAUCCUUAACUAACAGCACAAGUCAUUUCUUUGGUAAUGCCUGCAGGUAGUUUAGAAACAAAUAUUGCAUUCUUCCCAUCUAAAAGGACCAUGCUAUCAUGUAAUAUAUGCUGUCCAUAGCUUCUCCCCAUUCCUCUUAAAUGUAAUCCUGGAGUGCAGUCCUGCGUGGUUAAAAACAUGACCAUGUUUUUAGAAAGAGAGAAAGGUGAAAAAAUGCAAUCUCAUGGACUGGUGUUUUAGAUUUUUGGCAUUGCUGAAGUUAUUCAAAAUUGUAGUUCAGUUUUCUAUAACCUUCUGUCCUCCAGAUGCUUUGAACUAUAGCCCAUCUUCGCUGACCAUUGACCACGCUGACGGGCUGCUGGCAGUUGUAACUGGAGGGCACCAGGCUUGAGGAGAGUGCUCUAGAUGCAGCAAGGGGCAGUUCCCUUUGCUGUCCACAAAAAUAGCCACAGUAAUGGAGAGGCUGAUUACCCAUCCCAAAGAUGCUUCUGACAUGUUCAGUAGAGAAGACUAAGGAAGGAAGGAGGGAACUUUACACAUUUGUAAUAAGCAUGUGAACAGGUCCCUGUGAUAAGGUACCACCUCACAAUGUAAAUGGACAUCACUUGAUUGAAUGUCCAUCCUGCCAGAAAUAAUAUGUCCAUGACUGUUUGGCUAGCCUUCUCCUUGUCAUAAACAUUUACAGUGUGCAGGGGGUUUAUUGUUGGUGUUGUUCUUGUUGAUGUUGUUAUAUCAUUGCAAUAUCAGGGGGAAGUAAGGGUGACAUUCAAAGAUAAACCCCUUUUUUAUUUUACAGCCCUAUGUAUGUAUUGCCUGUUUUUUCCAAAUUUAUCUGUUUUUGUUAUAGUAAGCACGAAACAGAUUUUUUUUUUUGCUAUUUCCUGCUCAUCCAUUAAAAACAUCAGAAGAAGAAGUGACAUGAGAUUUCCAGACUGUCUCCCUUCAAAUAUUAGUUUCCUGCUUAGCUUUAUCAAUGGACCACACCCCAUAAAAUGCCAUGAAUGAGACAGGGCAGUUGCUGAAUAGAUCAGAAAUUACAGCCUUGUUUGGAAGUAUCCUGAAAAUUAAAGAAACUAUUGGAACAUUUCAGUUUAGCUAGAACAUGCAGCUGAAAAAUGUCACUCUUCCUUUGGAAGCUUUACCUUAUAUGACUGCAGUUUUUUAAAGUUCUUCCUUUACAGCAUUGCCAAGCCAGCCUCAGUAUGGCAGGUAUAGUAAACAAGUUCUCCCUCUCAGAAUAGAGAGACUGGGGUAAGCUAGACAGGGCAAGACAGUCUUUCUGAUACUUUUGUCCUGAGUUAUUUAGGGCCUUGUAAAAUCCUUGAAUAUUACUCAAUAGCUGAGUGGCAGCCAGUGCACAGCUGUCAACCUAAAACUCAUAUGAACAUGGUAAAAAGCUCUACUGAGCAAUCUAGCUGCUGUAUUCUUCCCUAUCUGUAGCUUCCAAACCAGUAGCGAGGGCAGACCCACAUAGAGUGUAUUACAAUAGUCCAGUCUUACAGUUACCAGUGCAUGGAUCACAGUGACAAGGCUAUCUAUAUCCAGGAAUGGUUGCUACGGUUGUACCAGUUGAAGCUGAAAAUAGGUGCUUUUGCUGUGGGUGUCACCUCAGAGCAGAAUGGAAGGAUGCUGAAGUGGCUUCAGAACAACUUAUGUCCUGGUCACUCAGAUCUCCUACCAGUGCCACCCCCCCCAUGCCCCAAGGAACCCUUCUCCAAGAUCACUUUACAAACCUUAGAGAGCAGUUGAUAAGGUUCCUUCCACAAGAUUCCCAGCUCCAAGGUUGGCAUGCUGUUUCUGAUUUCAGAGCUGGAGGUCUGAACUAUCCUAUGGGGGGCAUCAGACAAUGUAUGGGGGAAUAGGAUCACUCUUUUAGCAGCUGAUAUACUGUUUAGACUUCUCAAGCCAAGAAAGCAACCUAGUGGCUCUAUUUUUUUCCAGUUGUCUCAGAUUCAAAUGAGAUAGAUGACAAUGUAGAAAGUGUUGCCAUGAGGGGUUUAUCAGAGUGUAUUCUGAAGCAACAAGGAAUGUGUCAUGCAUCCAUUAAGUCACCAUCUAUAUCUGAUGGUUCCUUUAUUUUGCCAGGUUAAAACUGAUAGAAGCACACUGUAUAUAACUGAUUAGUAUAUGUGAGAUAAGAAUACCACAUGGUUCAUUAGGAUCUUGCAUCCUCAGCACAGUUCAAAAAGACUGGAGGUCUUUGCUGUAGAGAACAUUAUCUCAGCAUGUGAAUUCUAAUCAGCGCACUAAAACUAACAGGCAGUUUCAAUAUUUAUAAAGGAACAGGUAGUCAUGCAGAUGUAAUGUAACAUUAGUAAAAUUGCUGUUUCAUGUUCAUCCCAUUUAAAAAAGCUUUGCUAAGUUGUCUUCCUAAUAGUUUACCUUCCUGUUCACCUUCCUGUGACAAUUAAUCAUCCAAGAAAAAAAACAACUGAACCACAACUUUCUAUUCUGGUUAUUCAUAUGUAAGCUCACAUUCCACCACUCCCUAAUUAGCCAGCUGUUACUUUAUCCCCGUUACAAGAUGGACAGGUCAUAGCAGAGAGAAAACGUGAUCCACUGGAGAAGGAAAUGGCACCCACUCCAGUAUCUUUGCCAGGAAAACCCCAUGGACAGUACCAAAAGGCAAAAAGAUAUGA